CAACUCCAAUAUUGAAAAUGCUGCCCUUAGCCUGGAUAUUUGUUUUGGCAAUUUUGCCUCUGAGGAAAGUCGUCUGAGGACUGUAACAUUAUGGGAUCUUCCACCAAGACCAUGGUUAUAAACUAUCUCGCUUAGGUGGAGGUCUCCGGCAAAGCCAAGUGCGGUGGCGCCUUAUUGAAGCCCAAAUACAUUGUCACCGCGGCGAGCUGUGUUAACAACGUCGAGACGAACCAGAUCAAAGUGCGCCUGGGCACGUCAGUUCGUAACACUGAAGGAACCAUGUCCGAGGUCUGCAAUGUCAUCAUUCAGGGGCAGUUUAGCUCCGAUGCCCUGGACAACAACCUGGCCCGACUGCAGCUCUGCGAACCAGCUCCGAUCUCCGACAAUAUCAUAGAGAUCGCCGUGUUCGACAAACAGCCGAAAACAAAAAAGGUCUUAGUCAGCGGUUGGAGCAGCUUCAAGAGUGGCUGUAGGGAAUCUGUGGAUCUUCGCAAGGCCAUCUUGCCGAUCCCCAACCUGGAGGCAUGCGCGGCCGAACGGGAGGGAUGGUUUGCUAAGAAAAUCACGGACCUCAACAUCUGCACCACCAAGAGGAAGAAGCUCUGCUCCUUCGACAUGGGAUCACCUUUGGUCAGCUUCGGGUUGGUGGGCAUCCUUUCCAAGAGCGAUUGCUCCGACAAGCCGGAGGUCUACACCAAUUUGGAGAAUUACAGGAGUUGGCUGGAUCUUAACACAAAGGACUAAUGCUCACCAAUCUAAUUUAUCUAAUUUAAAAGUUUAACAUUUAAAUAAAAUACUAAUCAUUAAAAGAAAACAUAGAAAAUAUAAGGACCAUCAAGUCAAAAUCGAGUGAUUUCAGAAAGUGAAAAGCAAAAGGUGAUUUUAAAACAGAGAAUGCCCUUUUUUUCCAUAAACCACAUACAAAUUGAUUGUCACGGUUAUCUAAUU